AAACCGAAAUUCUAAAAGUAAGGGAAGGUAAUUCCCACGAUCCCACGAAAUUCAAUUUUAGAAAGAAAGAUGUCCAACAUCUUUUCAGCUGCUCUUUGGUUGGCACUGAAUAUAGAAGUUAAAACUGAUGACUUGUUCAUCACUCUUGGAGAUGUCCAUGCUGCCUGCUUGCAUUUCUUCCAAAGUAUUCCUUUACCUGUACCAACUCCGGAUGUCAUAAGCAAACUUAUCAAACGACUUUUUGAUGUACAAUCAACGACAUUGCGGUCCAAGAAAUUCCCUCAAUGUCAUAUUGGGGGAACGGUAAUUGUGUUCAAGAAAAUUGGAAAUCGUAUCCCAUCCUCUAGUACCAAUGUCCAGCUACCACCAUACUGCAAAGUUCUAGAGACAAAGCCAGUUUUCAAAUUCAGUUGUCCUUUACUAGUUGUUAUUGAUGGUGUUCAGCAAACAUGUACUGUUGGAUUUGAACCCAGUGAUCUCUGGAUAGAAGUAAAUGGAGUAAAGUUGUCUGCUGGUUUUCCAGUUCAAAUUACGGAUUCUAAUAUUGCAGCCAUAAUUCAAUUAAUAUUAUCUAUGAAACUAUGCAGUGGGGCUAGAAAAGAUGAGGGAUAUGUACCCAAGACAUUUAAGGAAGAAAGAAUAUCCACAACUUUUGAAACCAAUGAAAGGAUUGUUAUGAGGUCCAAGCACUGCCAUUUUAUUUUGGAAUGGCUAGCAACACAUGAUAUAUGUUCACCAUGCAACCUUUCAAGAAUUCGUAAACAAAAUGAAAGGAAGAAAAGGCAUAUACAGGAAAUUGACAAGAAUGCUUGCCUUAACAAAGACAUGGAGAAGUCUGAAGAAAAAAGCAAAAGACGUCUGAAGAAAAGUGCCAAGAAAUCUGACAAAAAGUGCAAAAGAAGUCGGAAGAAAAAUUCAAAAGAAGUCGGAAGAAAAGUGCGAAAGAAGUUGGAAGAAAAGUGCGAAUGAAGUCUGCAGGAAAGUGCAAAGUUGCAAACAGAUAAAAGUUUCUUCAAGUGCAGCUAAGGAAAACAAGAAGAAUAAUACUCCAUCUUGUUCUUCUUCAGAACCAACAGACUUGAGAGAUACCAGUGGUAAGAUCCCAUCAGAAACAGAGAAAAUAUCUACAAAGUCUAAUAAGAUCAUCCUAAAUUACAUUUCAUGAGAGUGGAAGAUUGUCAUUCAGUAUGUCUAGGGAUUUACCAGAAGAAUUUCAUUCUACUCAAAUCACAGUUACAGAACUGUAGCAAGGACUUGGAUAUUUACCAAUGGAGAUGGGGUUCAUAAAUAUCUAAUACACCUCUGCCUUACAUUAAAUAUUAUAUUUAAUGGUCUCCUCAAGCCUACGAAGAUUUGUAGAAGUCCAGCUUUUUUCAAUUUCCACCCAAACGUCUCCUGCAGUGCUAUAAGAACUCAUUAAAGCAAAUUUCAUUAUUUGACAUGGAUGGCUAAAGAAAUGAAGAAGCAAAAUGUUUCAGAGUUUGGCAGGCAUGGGGGAUUUGCAAUAGAUGAGAUGACUAUCCAGGAUGAUUUGAUGAUCAACAAAUCAAGAGAUACCUUGAAUUUAGGUGGUUUUUGGCCAGGUUGCACAACGUGCAAAUGGCUUAUAGAAUGGUGAAUGACGGUCGGGUGUCCCUGUAAUAGGGUACCUACUUUGUGUAAUCAACUCCUCUCACACCUCUAACUUUAUGUUCCUCAAACUUUGUACAGUUGUGAUGGACACCUUGAAGAUGUGCUUGUGUCUUUUUGAAAGUGAUCAGACAGUUUUCAAAAAAUUUACGUAUAGUUGAGAUUUGUCAUUUUUUCAGCAUGUCUUGAAUAGACGAUACCUGUUUUGUGUAAUCAACUCCUCUUACACCUCUAACUUGACAUUCCUCAAACUUUGCACAGUUUUAAUGGAUGCCUUGAAGAUUUGCAUGUGUCUUUUUGAAAGUGAUCAGACAGUUUUCAAAAAAUUUAUGCAUAGUUGAACUUGUCAUUGUUUUUUCAGCAUGUCUUGAAUAUUUGAAAUGAAUGGGUGAUACUUGAGUUAAAAAGUUUAAAGAUAAAAACAUUUUGAAAGAGGUGACAUUUUUUUAUUACAACAAUUCACUUUGCCAUGGAAAUAAUGCAUUACAUGUAGAUAAGUGAGAUUUUUUGAAACGUUUUCCUUUUUAUUUAUGUGUGAUAUGACUUGUAAACAACUGAGAUUUAACUGUUUUAAAGCUUUUAGAGUUAAUAACAAUAGAAGAGUGUUUCAAGGGUUUUCUUUAUAUUGUAUACAUUUGUGAUAUGACUUGAACACUACUCAGAUUUACCUGUAUAAAGGCUAGCACCACACCAGACUAAGUUCACUGAAGGUUUAAACCCUGAUACUAACACAACCAAGUGUAUUCCCUAUUGUGAAAGCACUGCAUUUCUAUAUGGAGAAUGAAAAAGUGUGCAGAAACUUUCCUUCCCCAUUGAAAAGCUUAAAAGUUUUUUACAUGAAGGUAUUUUCCCUUCAAUCACUCUUAUGGUCAUCCUUAAUCUGCAUAAUUUUUAGGUAAACUCAGGUGACCUAUUGCAAUUGGUUGGUGACAUGCGUUGACAAUUGAACAUUUUUAACUUCUUCUUCAUAACUACUAUUUCAAUUCUUUGCAAAUUUGGUAUGAAGCAUCUUUUGGACAAGGGGGACAUAAAUUGUAAAUUUCAGGAUUCCUGCACCUUAGGGGCGGGGCAAAAACUGUUCAAAAUUGACCAAUUUUCGAAACUCUUCUCUAGAACCGCACACACGUUUAAGAAAAACUAAAUGCACAUUACUUUUCUACCAAAAUUGAAAAUUUCAUGAUUCCCAGGGUAGGGGUUCUGACCCCAGGGCAGGGCCAAACUUGCUAUAUAUUGUUUAUAUGUAAAACGCUUAAAUAACAUCUUCUCUAGUAUUAAUGAUACUAAAUUGAAACUAAAUGGAUAUUUAGAAAGAACAGGUAGUCCUUUACCAAAAUUGUAAAUUUGAUGAUCCCAGGGAUAGGAGUUUUGGUAUGAGGGUGUGACCAAAAUGGUCAGUUAUUAAAUGACAUUAAAAUGUGUGAACAAUAGAAUUUGUUAACGUUUUGAUGACUACCAUUCCAAUUCUUUUCAAAUUUGGUAUGAAGCAUGUUUUGUAGAAGCCUGAGGGAACAUAACUUGUAAAUUUCAGGAUUCAUAAACAGGAAAUAUUUUUUCUAGAUUUCAUUGCCCUUGGGACUAGUGAUACUUUUAACUAGUACUCAGGUGACCGAUACGGCCUGUGGGCCUUUUGUUUAAGGUCAUGUCCUAAAACCCAUGGUUCUCGCUUCUAAAUGCGGAGCGUUUGUCAAGGACAAACUAAUACCUAUGUUUACGUUUGACGAGUACCGUACAUCAGAAUUGAUGCAUAUUGUGCAAUAAGUAAAGUACACGUGUUCAUCAUGUAUGUGGAGUAACGAGUAGAAUAAAAGUAAAUAUAUA